CAUACAGAAUUAGUUUCUUCAGAUUUUGACGUAACAAACAAUUUUUAUGAGACAUAAGAACCCCCAUUUAACAUUUAACCCUAUAUCAUUUAAGGAUACAUAAAAAAUAUUUUUUAUUUCAAGCUAUUUCGGAUCUUUCUUAAUCUUCAAAAAGAACUAAAUUCCGUAAUGGAAUGCUAGGGUUAAAAAAAAAGGAAGUGUGGAAAAAAUGACAAGAAGAUAUUGGAACAUUAAUUUGAAAGAGAUGAUAGAAGCAGGAGUUCAUUUUGGUCAUGGUAUUAAGAAAUGGAAUCCUAAAAUGGCCCCUUACAUUUCGGCAAAGCGUAAAGGUACUCAUAUUAUAAAUCUCGCUAGAACGGCUCUUUUUUAUCAGAAGCUUGUGAUUUAGUUUUUGAUGCAGCAAGUCAGGGAAAAAGUUUCUUAAUUGUUGGUACCAAAAAAAGAGCAACAGAUUUAGUAGCAUCAGCUGCAAUAAGGGCUCGUUGUCAUUAUGUUAAUAAAAAGUGGUUCAGUGGUAUGUUAACGAAUUGGUCGAUUACGAAAACUAGACUUUCUCAAUUUAGAGACUUAAGAGCAGAAGAAAAAAUGGGAAAAUUCCACCAUCUCCCAAAAAGAGAUGUGGCAAUCUUGAAGAGAAAAUUAUCUACCUUGCAAAGGUAUCUCGGCGGGAUCAAAUAUAUGACGAGAUUGCCAGACAUUGUGAUCGUCCUUGAUCAGCAAAAAGAGUAUAUAGCUCUUCGGGAAUGUGCCAUUUUGGGGAUUCCUACUAUUUCUUUAGUCGAUACAAAUUGUGACCCGGAUCUCGCGAAUAUAUCGAUUCCAGCCAACGAUGACACUAUGACUUCAAUUCGAUUGAUUCUUAACAAAUUAGUAUUUUCAAUUUGUGAGGGCCGUUCUCUCUAUAUAAGAAAUCGUUGAUUAAGAAUAUAUAGUGAAUUCUUGGGCAACUGCGUAAAUUUAUGGAAUCACUUACUUUACUAUAUCUUUUUUUUUGCAUAGAAUUUUUUUUGCAUAGAAAAAAGAAGGGGAAUAUUGAUAUAUAUUAGAGGGUAUUGAUAUAUAUUAUGAUCUGAUGUGCUUUCUUGGUAUCCUAAAUAUAAGAUUAAUACUUCAAGUUGCUGAGUUGAGAAAGAGAUGGUUGAAUCAAAAGAAUUCCUUUUUUGAAGUUCAAUUUUUAUCAGAGGACAAUAUGAAUAUUAUACCUUGUUCCAUUAAAACACUCAAGGGGUUAUACGAUAUAUCGGGUGUAGAAGUAGGCCAACACUUCUAUUGGCAAAUAGGAGGUUUCCAAAUUCAUGCCCAAGUACUCAUCACUUCUUGGGUCGUAAUUACUAUCUUGCUAGGUUCAGUUGUCAUAGCUGUUCGGAAUCCACAAACCAUCCCGACCGACGGUCAGAAUUUUUUUGAAUAUGUCCUUGAGUUUAUUCGAGACUUGAGCAAAACUCAGAUUGGAGAAGAAUAUGGUCCCUGGGUUCCCUUUAUUGGAACUAUGUUCCUUUUUAUUUUUGUUUCGAAUUGGUCGGGUGCUCUUUUACCUUGGAAAAUUAUAGAGUUACCCCAUGGGGAAUUAGCAGCGCCCACGAAUGAUAUAAAUACUACUGUUGCUUUAGCUUUACUCACGUCAGCGGCAUAUUUUUAUGCUGGUCUUAGCAAAAAAGGAUUGAGCUAUUUCGAGAAAUAUAUUAAACCAACUCCAAUCCUUUUACCAAUUAACAUCCUAGAAGAUUUCACAAAACCAUUAUCGCUUAGCUUUCGACUUUUCGGGAAUAUAUUGGCGGAUGAAUUAGUCGUUGUUGUUCUUGUUUCUUUAGUCCCCUUAGUAAUCCCUAUACCGGUCAUGUUUCUUGGAUUAUUUACAAGCGGUAUUCAAGCUCUUAUUUUUGCAACAUUAGCCGCAGCCUAUAUAGGUGAAUCCAUGGAGGGUCAUCAUUGAAUUGACUCUUUUUGGAAAUAGUAUUUUUUUUUGCAGCUUAGCUCAAUUCAUGCAUGGUUCCAGAUAAUCUGCUUGGUUGCAAAAAAAUAGUUAGAAAUGCGUAUGAAUAUAUAGCCUAGAGUUGUAGGAGAGAGAAUAGACUAUAUUAUGGAAUUUUCAAAGUAUAUAUGCAUUAAGGAGGGUGGAGUCAGGCUAGAUCUAUACUAUAAUAUCCUUAAUGUCUAUAAGUGGAGUCCUCUUUUAUGCGGGUUUCCACUUUAAGCAAUGAUUUUAGAAUCCGAUUCAAUAGAAAAUGAGAAAAUAUGCAAACAAAAUAGAAGAAACAAAUGUAUAUAUAUAUAGGAUAUUAUAUUAUAUAUUCCUAGGUUAGAUUCAUUAUCUAAUCCGAUAUAUGGAUAUGGAAUUCCCUUCUAUGUAGUUCGGACAAUUCACAUUAUCAUUUCAAUUUGAUUUCAAUUUGUACUUUUUAGUUACUUUACUUCUCCCCAAUAGAGCUUAGAAGUAAGAAUUUAUUGGUUGAUUGUAUCCUUAACCAUUUCUUUUUUUUGACACGAGGAACUACUCACCAUGAAUCCACUAAUUGCUGCUGCUUCUGUUAUUGCUGCUGGAUUGGCCGUAGGGCUUGCUUCUAUUGGACCUGGAGUUGGUCAAGGUACUGCUGCAGGACAAGCUGUAGAAGGUAUUGCGAGACAGCCAGAAGCAGAAGGUAAAAUACGAGGUACUUUAUUGCUUAGUCUAGCUUUUAUGGAAGCUUUAACAAUUUAUGGACUAGUUGUGGCACUAGCGCUUUUAUUUGCGAACCCUUUUGUUUAAUCUUAAAAAAAAAUUCUUUCGAUUUCGAUUAGAUACUUUUUUCUUUUUUUAGUAAAUUGGUAUUUGCUUCCGCAAUUCCAAUUAUAUCAAUACUUUAUUUAAUUUACUCCUAUUUAUUACUCCUGGAAUUAUCUAUUUAUCGGGACAGAUAAUACCCCAUUCUAGGAAGGGCUGAGUUGAGUAUUAUUAAUUUAGAAGAUAUGCUCACCUUCUUAUUUCCCGUCCUUAGUUUAGGAAAGUGGAAAGUUUUUUCCUUUUAUUUUAGGAAUUUUGGGAACAGAACAUUUCAACAAAGGAAGUCUUUCACCGGUCAAACAAGACGUAAGACUUAAUCUAAAAGAAAUUACUAGAUUGAAUCUAUUUGCAUUAAAAAAACCGAUCAAAAAAGGGCGAGCGAAGUAAGUGAUCGAAAAACUUUGUUCUUUGUUCGUCCUAUCUAUAAGAGGAGAGCAUAUGAAAAAUGUAACCCAUUCUUUCGUUUUUUUAGCUCACUGGCCAUCCGCUGGCAGUUUCGGGCUUAAUACCGAUAUUUUAGCAACAAAUCUAAUAAAUCUAACUGUAGUGGUUGGUGUUUUGAUUUUUUUUGGAAAGGGAGUGUGUGCGAGUUGUCUAUUUCAAGAAUAGAUUGGAUCUAUCCGGCUGCACUUUAUAAUAUUUUUUAGUAUUUUUCGGAUAAAUAAGAAAAGGGUGCACGAUCUCGACGAAUUACUUCUGAAUAAAUUCAGAAAUCAUAUGGAAGAACCAUAGCAUUUCGCGACUCAUUGGUAAAUCAACUUUGAUUCUCUAUAAACCAAGAAUGUGAGACCAUUAACACGGUUAAAGCUAAACUGCUUGAAGUCCAGGCAAAAAGAGGUACUCUUUCUACAACUAUAUUAGUAUUAGUACCGAAUUUAAACGGGAAAUAGCUAAUGUAAAAUUUAUCUGAUAUAGAACACUCAUAUCGAUAAAAUGGUUUGAACUAUUUACUAGAAAAAAAAAGGGGGCACCCUGCCCUUUUUUAACCAAUGCCGAAUCGACGACCUAUGUAUAAAAAAGAGAAAUUUUUUGGAUUUGAAGAAAAAAAAUAAAAAAGAAUUCUAUUAAUUUUCAUUUUCCAUUUAUUUAGUUAGUUUUUCUUAAUGAAAUUGAAAUUAUUAACUAGAGGGCAAAUAAAAAUAAAGAAACAACUUUGCUGACCAUGAUAUAUUUUUAUCUAGGCGGAAGAGUCCUCUUAAUAUUUAUCUAGUCUUAUAUAGGUUUCGGUAUAUUGAAAUAGAAACAUAAAAAAGAAGAUAGAGUAUAGGCUCAUUACUUAAAAAAAAAGAUAUGGAAAUAGCUAUAGAAAAAAAAAGGAGCGUGAGAGCCAAAUGAAUCGAAAGAUUCAUGUUUGGUUCGGGAAGAGAUCAUAAAAGUUGUAAACUUACAAAAUAAUCUACUUUCAUUAAAA